CUCGCGGAAGUGCGCAGGUUUGGAGUAAAAAUAGAUGCAAAAAUAUUAAAUUUCUGGCCGCUGGUACCUAAAUUGCCGGGUUCUACGCAAACUUACCGGGAAAAAUGUUUGAACUUUGAAAGGGGGAGCAGCGAUAAGAGCACAACGGAAAGACACAAACACCAGAUAUGCUUUCAACCAGUUUUUUGCGACUAGCGGAAACAGCAAUCAAUUCCGCAGCAACUGGGCGACUUCUUCGGAUCUGCCUAAAACCAGCAUGGAGCUGCGUAUUUCUGAGUACUACCCAACAGUACAGGCAAAUCGAUGUAAGCCGGCAGCAGUUGUUGAUAACUACGAAAUGGCCGCAAGUUGACAUAAGGCGUUGUUAUUCGCCUUUGAAAAAGCCGGAAGAUUUUCCAGUCAAAUCUGUCGAAGGAGCAGAACUUCUGCAAAACGUACUAGAAAAGAAUAAGCAGCUGCUGAAGGAACGAAAAAACGUUAUCAUCCAAGAUAUUCGAGUUCGCAGAGAUAAGGUGAAAGAAAAGGUGGAAGAAGUAAUCGAACGAGAGAAUGUAGCAACGAUUCCGAAUUUGUUGUGCGUUGGUCGCAUCGUAAUGUCCCCUUAUCUAGGGUACGUGAUUGUGCAGUCAGACUUUCGAUUAGCUAUGGGAAUGCUGAUUUUUGCCGGAUUGACAGACCUGGCUGACGGAUUUAUUGCUCGUCGAUGGCCCAGUCAAGCCAGUCGUCUUGGUUCGUUUCUGGAUCCAAUGGCGGAUAAAGUACUGGUUGGCGCGCUUGUAAUUUCGAUGAGUUAUGUGGAACUACUGCCGCUCUGGCUCUCAGGAAUGAUCCUGUUCCGCGAUGUAUUUCUGAUCGGAGCUGGAUUCGUAAUUCGCUACAUUAGUCUACCUCAGCCGCGUACAUUAUCACGCUAUUUCGACGUGACACACGCCACUGCCCAGCUAGCGCCAACCUUUAUCAGCAAGGUUAACACUGCCGUACAAUUGGCCACGGUGGCCAUCACUCUGGGAGCACCAAUCUGGAGCUAUGUUGAUCAUCCGUAUUUGCAUGCGCUCUGGUAUUUGACGGGAGUCACCACAGCAGCAGCUGCUUUAAGUUACAUUGUCAAUAAAGACACCUACAAAAUAUUGAAGAAACAACAGGAACAGCCUAAGCCGUAAUAGAAGCUAACCUUUCGAUUUUUUUCUGGUAAUUUCAUUGCUGAAUACGUCGAACUGUAUCACUCAGUUGAAUCCACUUCAAUCGAGUCAGUGGUCCAUUUGAUUUUCCCGUUGUUUUCCAAAGAGCAUGUUUAUUUGAUCGAAAGCGCCAAUCGACGUAUUCAAUAAGGUGUUGGUUUUUGAAUAUUUUGUUAUUCCAGUCAAAAUUGUACAUAAAAAUCAUAGCAAUAAAGUUCAAGUUUUAAUUUGAC